AUGUUUAAACCAAAAAUGAUAGAAAAUGAAAAUGAUUUUUGUUGUUCUAAAGGACAUAAGCUACCAGUUCUUACAAUUGCAGUUGAUCCAAAUUUAUCAAGGAAUUAAAGGCUCUUAUGCUCAGAAUGCUUAGAGAACACAGACAUGGAUGCCAAAGUAAUUGGGUUAAAGAAAAUAAUUUCCUUGAUUGAAGAAAAUUAAGUAAAUAAGAUGGAAAAAUUACAAAAUAUCAUAAAUAGCUAAAUAAAUGUUAUUGAAUCAUUACAUUGUGUAGUUGAUCAAAUGAAAUCAAAUGUAAUCCAAAAGUUAAACUAAUUGAUUAAUAUUAUUAUUGAAUGGAUUCAGAAUCUAUAAUAACAAAGAUCAUAAUAUUCUCAAUAUAGUUUUUAUGAGGAAUUAGAAAAUAUGCUCUAAAAGGAAAAUAAAACUAAUUCCAGCUAAUAAAUAUUGAUCCAUGAAAUUUAGGAAACCAAUCUCUGUUGGGCUUCCAAAUUUCAUCCUUAAUUAGAACACUUUAAUUAAUUUGGAGAAUAUAAUAAAUGUAGAGAACUAUUAUCAAGUUUAGAAUUAGGAUCUGAUAAAUUAAUUUAGAUUGAAUAAUAAUAAUAAUAGAUCAAUAUUUAAGAGAUAAAAUCAGUGAGUACUUUAAUAAAUAUUGAACCAUCUUAAACUAUAGAAUCUAGUCAUCAAUAUAAUCUCAAUACAUUCAAUUAUUAAUUAAUCUAAGAGUAUUCAAUCUCCUAAUAUGAAUUCUGUUGUGCUAUAGCUGUUGAUAACUAUUGUUCAACUUUGGUGGCUGGAUGUAAUUCAAUUAUUAAAGUAUUUUAAUUCAACUAAGGAAAGAUCAACCAAAUUUAAUCUUUAAAUGAACAUAAGGAUUGGGUAUUAACUUUAAAUUUCAUGAAGAAAUCUAAGUAAUUUAUAUCUGGAAGUCAAGAUAAAUCUAUUAUAAUAUGGAAAUUAAAUUAAAAUAAUGAAUGGAGUUCAUAAUAAAUAUUAAAUGGACAUAUUAGUUGGAUCGAAUGUUUAGUAAUAAAUACUAAUGAAGAUCUAAUUAUCUCUGGAAGCCAAGAUGCAACUAUUAAAUUUUGGAUAAAAAAGAAUGAAUGGUUGUGUUAAUAAACAAUCAUUGAUCAUUCUAAAUCUGUUAAUGGAUUAAGUUUAAAUUAAUAAUAAAAUAGAAUUUUAUCAUGUGGAAUUGAUGAAUUUAUAUUAAUAAUUGAAUAAUCAGGACAGAAUACAGAAUGGAGAGUAUUGUAAAAGAUUACGGUUGAAAAGAGUGGUUGGAGAGUAUGCUUUAUUGAUAAUAAUACUUUCAUGUACUCACCAGGUGGUAAAGAAUAGAUUUCUUUUUUUGAGAUGAAUAUUAAUAAUAAAUAGUUUACAAAGACAAGAGAUAUUCUUAUUUAAAGUGGAAUAGAUUGCAAUCCAAGAUUUCCUUAACAAUAUAUAAAUUCAAAACGUAUUCUAAUGAGUAAGAAUGGGGAAUAUGUCAAUUUAAUAAGAUAAAAAUAAAAUGGAGAGUUUUUAACUGAACAAUCUAUUCAUUUUGGAAUUAGUUCUUUAUAUGGAGCAAUGACUGAUGAUGGAGAAUAUUUAAUCACUUGGGAUAGAGCAUCAUAUUAAAUACAAAUUAGAAGAUAUUAAGAAUAAUGA